UCACCGCCGAGAGAGACAUUUCUAUCAGCAAGGGGGCAGCGGGAGGCACAAUUACCCGUCAACAAUGUAAAUCUCACACAGGGUUCAGCAUGAAAGCAGCAUCUCUCAGGUGGGUAGCUGACCUGCAGCACUAAAACAGACAGAAGUGAGUGGAAACCUUUUGACAACCUCCACCACAUCUCUAUCUCCUCCAUCACCCAGGAUCAUGGCUAAUUCUGACGAAGUGGAGCAGGCAGGUCUGUCAGAUUUGGAGAUCAUCUCCCAGCCGGUGGAGGAUGAGAACCAGUGCUUGGCUCCUCCGGUCCAGCUGGUGAGUUUUGGCUACAGAGAUCUGCCCCUUGCAGCUCUGGACCUCUCCCUGGCUGGCUCACAGCUGCUCUCCAAUGCAGAUGAAGAUGAAAACAGGGAAGGGUCCAACUGGCUGAAGCCGUGCUGUGGGCGUCGAGUGGCCCUGUGGCAGGUCUGUCUGCUCAGUGCUGGCUUCAAUUGUAUCCUGGUGGCCUGCGUUAUCCUGGUGGUGCUUUUCCUGUCUUUGGAGCUGCUCAUAGACACCAAACUCUUACAAUUUUCCAAUGCGUUCCAAUUUGCCAGCAUUAUCCACUGGAUCAGCCUUAUCAUUCUGUCACUCUUCUUCUCAGAGACUGUCUUCAGAAUUGUUGUUCUUGGGAUCUGGGACUACAUAGAAAACAAAGUUGAGGUGUUUGAUGGUGCAGUUAUUGUGCUGUCCCUGGCCCCAAUGGUGGCAUCCACAGUGGCCAAUGGGCCCAGCAGCCCCUGGGACGCCAUCAGCCUCAUCAUCACACUACGCAUUUGGAGGGUCAAGAGGAUCAUUGAUGCGUAUGUGUUACAAGUCAAAGUUGAAAUGGAACUGGAGAUCCAGCAGUGUGAGAAGACCAAGGCUGUGAGAGAGGAGCAGCUGGAGCGUCUCACUCAGAUUUGUCAGGAGCAGGCUUUUGAGAUCAGGCAACUGAGGGCACAUCUGGCCCAGCAGGACCUGGACCUUGCAGCAGAGCGUGAAGCAGCCAUGCAGAUCCACCAUGUUUGGGACAAACAGGGCAGGAAUUUUCAGGUCGUAGAAGGUUUGACUCCUGGGGAGUCUGACGAUGAGGGCGGUCAGAGAAACCCCAGGGAGCCACGUGUCACUUCAGAUCCAGUUGUUCGUGACGACAUGAACAACUACAUCAGCCAAUAUUACAGUGAAGCAAGCAGUGAUGCUGGGGCUUGUGGCUUAGGUGCGCGGGUCAUCACGACAGCAGCCAUUGACGUUCACCUACCCACCAGUACAAACCUCAUCCAGUCAAAUCCUAUGCUUGCUAUGGAGCGGGUGGGCAGCGCUGUAAGUGAUGCCUCCACCAGCAUAUCACGGUCCAGUGGCAGCCUCACGGCCCGCCCCCACAGCCUGAGUAGCCAUACUCCGGGUUCAUCAAUGACAGACUGCAGCAGCAGCGCAGCUCAGGACUUCAGUCUGAGCUACAGCUCCCAUCGCUGCUGCCCCCCUUCCUUCUCAGGCCAGGACCCCUGCAAGGACCCCAGCAUGGUGGUGCAGGAGCUUCUCUCCUCCCUCUCUGAGGACUCCUGCCUUGCUCAAAAGGGCCUAGCAGUAGACCCUGUCAACCUCAAGCUUCCCAGUCCGACUGGCUCAGAAAAUGCCAGCCCUGAACUGGACAACAGAAUAAACAUUUUCAAUCGCAGGAACCAAGAGGAGAGACGGGGCCGGGGAAGGGGUUGUGUGCUGUUGCAGACCAAGCCACUGAUCCACCUGCAGGGCAGCAGCACUGAGCCGUCACUGGAGGAGAAGUACCGGCUACUGGGACCAGCUGACUCACCUCUAGGGCAUAUGUCUGAUACAUAAGCAAGCGUUAUUUACACAGAAACAGAAGCUUUUACUCUUUUUAUUUUUUACUGCCAUCUCAUUUGGCAUAUAUCUGAACUUUUGUGACAGAUCAAACCUCAUGAGAGGGACCACACAAGAUUUGAAAAUUUGAUUCAUCUGUUACAGAGUAAAUCGAGACUUAGCCAAUUCAGAGCAAGCUCAAGCCUUAGCUUCUAGC